ACCUCUGGGACGGUAAAGGAUGCUGUUGGGUGGGCUGGAGGAUUCGUAAAGUAGAGUUAGGCGGUCCGUGUUUUCAGGGAGGUAUGGCUUCUCGUUUCAUAAUAUUGUGGGCUUAUACGCCAUAAACCACAGUAAAGCACGUUACCUAAGUGUAUUUCAGAGGCACACUCUUUACCCUCAUUUUAUAGAUGACCCCCAGCCUCCAAGCAAGAGAUUAUUUGCCCAGAGUCCUUGGACGCAGACCCUGCUUCAGACUCUAAUCCUGUACCCUACCUAUCUUUGGGCCCCUCGGCCACGAUGGCCAGCCCUUGCUGCUAACCCGCAUUACUCUCCAGCCCUAUUUUUCCAAAGCAAGGAAAUGCGGCUUUCCGCCCCCCGCCCAACUUGUUCUAGUCAGUCCUCACCUACAACUACGCCCUGCACCUAAGAGCGUUUUAAAACAGUUUUGGUGAGGAAGGUUGUAGCGUGUGAUUUCUGACGCUGUGCUUAAGUCAUUAGACCACCUCCUGGGUAACAAAUGUAAACAUUAAUAAGCAAUCCGCCUAAAAAAUUCAUGCCACCAAAAGUUGAAAAAAAAAACCUCCAGUCGUAUCAAAGGAACUUUUAAGUUUUUGAGGAUUUGAAGUUUUGUUAAGCAAAAAGACCAGUGAUAGAAGACAGAUAAGAAGAUGGGGAGCAGGUCAGGGGUGGCGAAAUGAGUAAGAAGCUUGGACGUGAAAGGAUUUCUAAACCCAGAGAUUUUCAGACUCUAGUUCUGAGCCCUUCCAAAAAGUCUUCCUUUCUGUAUUUCAACCUUCCUCCCCACUAUAAGCAGAGUAAAAUGGUCACGUCAUUGGCCUUAGGAGACAUCUAAGAGGGAGAUAUCUUUGAAGUCUCAGAGUUCAUCUAAAAAAAGUCACCAUUGUAAUAGCAUGGUUAAGAAAGACAGACAGCUGAUUAUCAAGAUGACUCAUUUAGCAAAAUUUAUGGUCUGCAUUAUGUCUGGAGCCAGCAGUAAGCUCGCUGUUUUCCUCUUCGGCUGUUACUCGCUUGCCCUGGGAGUCUGCGCCGAGGAGCACUGCGCGGCUGACCCUCACAGAGCCGACUAUUACGUAGCUGCUGUGUACGAGCACCAGGCGGUCUUGAGUCCGAACCCUCUUGCUCUCACCAGCCGCAAGCAGGCCUUGGAGCUAAUGAACCAGAACCUGGACAUCUACGAACAGCAAGUGAUGGCUGCAGCCCAGAAGGGUGUACAGAUUAUAGUGUUUCCAGAAGAUGGCAUUCAUGGGUUCAACUUUACAAGAACAUCUAUCUACCCAUUUUUGGACUUUAUGCCACAGUUCAUCAGGUGGAACCCAUGCCUGGAGCCCCACCGUUUCAGUGACACAGAGGUCCUCCAGCGCCUGAGUUGUAUGGCCCGCAAGGGAGAGAUGUUCUUGGUGGCCAAUCUUGGCACAAAACAGCCUUGUUUUAGCAGCGACCCGGGGUGCCCACGUGACGGGAGGUACCAAUUUAACACGAAUGUUGUGUUCAGCAGCAACGGAACCCUGGUUGACCGCUACCGUAAACACAACCUCUACUUUGAGGCGGCUUUUGAUACUCCUCCUAAAGUGGACCAUGUCACCUUCGAUACCCCCUUUGCUGGCACGUUUGGCGUAUUCACUUGCUUUGACAUACUGUUCUUUGAUCCUGUUGUCAGACUCCUCAGAGACUCAGACGUGAAGCACGUCGUGUACCCGACGGCCUGGAUGAAUCAGCUCCCGCUCUUGGCCGCUAUUGAGAUUCAGAAGGCUUUUGCCGUUGCCUUUGGCGUCAACGUGCUGGCAGCCAACAUCCACCACCCAUCACUGGGGAUGACGGGAAGCGGCGUCCACAGCCCUCUGAAGUCCUUUUGGUACCAUGACAUGGAAAAUCCCGGAGGGCACCUUAUAAUUGCCCAGGUAGCCAAAAAUCCCCAGGGUCUUGUCGGUACAGAGAAUGCAGUAGGUCAAAUGGAUCCAUCCCAUAGUAAGUUUUUAAAAAUUUUGUCCGGCAGUCCACAUUGUGAGAAAGACGCCCAGGAAGUCCAUUGCGAUGAAAACGCUGACUGGAACUUGAACACGCCUCCUGUGUUCUAUUCUGAGAUGAUGUAUGACAAUUUCACGCUGGUCCCUGCCUGGGAAAAGGAAGGCUAUCUCCAAGUGUGCUCCAACAGCCUCUGCUGUCAUUUACUCUACAAAAGGCCCACUCUGUCCAAAGAGCUGUAUGCCCUGGGGGUCUUCGAUGGCCUUCACACCGUGCAUGGCACUUACUACAUUCAGGUUUGUGCCCUGGUCAAGUGUGGGGGUCUUGGCUUCCACACCUGCGGGCAGGAGAUCACAGAGGCCUCAGGGAUAUUUGAGUUUCACCUGUGGGGCAACUUUAGCACUUCCUAUAUCUUUCCAUUGUUUCUGACUUCAGGAAUGACCCUGGAAAUCCCUGACCAGCUUGGCUGGGAAAAUGACCACUAUUUCCUGAGGAAGAGUGGACUGUCGUCUGGCCUGGUAACAGCAGCUCUCUACGGGAGGUUGUAUGAGAGGAACUAGGAAAAGUGUGUGGUCUUUGGGUGAACAGUCCUUCCCUCCACAGGCCACAGAUUGCAAGCCCUGGAACGCUUCUGCCAGAGUGUGGAAGCCCGCUUUUGUGGCGGCAGAUCCCAUCCUGGGAACUGUGGGAAGAAGUGGGAGAGGCAGAUCCCUCUUCCUUCUUUUUUUUAAUUUUAAAAAAUAUUUUGAGGUGGGGUCUCAUGAGCCUGGCCUUGAACUCACUA